AUGGAUCCGGAAGACAUCGUUGGUUAUUGCAGUAGUUUGAUCACGGUGUCCGAUGAUCACAAAGUUUCACUGGCUCAUUUCACAGUUAAGGAAUUCUUGAUUUCGCCGAGGAUCAAGGAUAUUUUGGGUGUCUAUUACAUCGCACAAGAGCAAGUCCAUGCUGAGCUCGCUGCGGUGUGCUUGACAUAUCUGAAUUACCGAGACUUUGAUCGCCGACCCGCGGUUUCUGUUGAGGAAGUGGUUCCCCUUCUCCAGGACUUUAGCUUCCUGGAAUAUGCAGCGAAGUCCUGGCCGAUUCAUGCUCACCACGUAUCGACAUCCGAGGACCUGAUCCAUGAACUUAUCGAAAAGUUGUUUCAUUCAGAUGUGCAGCGACGUGGAAACUAUGAGUUGUGGUUACAGAUCUAUCACUUACAGCAUCGACGAAAUGCAUUGACCAUCAUGCCACCUCCUCAUAUCACGCCUCUGUACUACGCUUCGUUCUUUGGCCUUUCUAAAACUGUCGACUCCCUCUUAGACGAAGGAGCCAAGAUCCCUAUCGACCAGCAGAACACGGAUGACCCCCUCACAGCGGCAGCUGCCGAGGGCCAUGGCAAGGUAAUAGAUAUACUUCUCAAGAGAUGCUUCACAGAUGUAGACAUAGAGAGGCUUGCUCGAUAUCUCUAUCUAGCAGCUUCUCGAGGUCAUGCAGACGCUACUGAAGUCCUCCUCGAGGUGGGGGCGUCGGUCGAUAGCAAAGGCGGCAAAUACGGCACUGCGCUCCAAAUCGCAGCUUUAGAAGGUCAUCCCGAUGUCGUUAGCAUCCUCCUUAAAAGAGGUGCAAACCUCAAAGUGGCAGAUCCAAGAUAUGGAACACCGUUAUCAGCAGCAGCAGAGAAAGGACAUCGCCGGGUCACAAAACUCUUACUGGAAGGCGGAGCUUCAAUCAAUGGCCGAGGAGGCUGGUACUCUACCCCUUUGAUCGCAGCGAUAGUCGGGAAAGACGACUCAAUCAUCAAUGAGAUGCUAGACAAUGGUGCAAAUGUCAACGCUCAGGGUGGUCGACACGCGUGUGCACUCAUGGCAGCUGCUGCCCUCGGCAAGAUCGAUCUUGUGAAGAAAUUGAUAGAUCUCGGAGCUCGAGUCAACGACGAGAACGAUAAAGGUGCCGAUGCUUUGCAUUCUGCGUGUUGUGCGGGUCGACUUGACGUCGUGGAAUUGUUGCUCGCUCAUGGAGCAGACGUCAAUGCCAAAGGCGGAAAGCAUCGAAAUGCACUGAAUGCAGCAAGUGCAGAAGGGCAUCUGGAAAUCGUACAGGUUCUGCUUGCUGCUGGUGCGGAUGUCGAGGCUUAUGAUUCGCAUUAUGGGAACUCAUUACAAGCUGCUGCAUUCUAUGGACACAAAGAUAUCGUUCGCGUGCUUGCCGACGCUGGAGUCGAUGUCAACAUGGAUGGUGGAGUAAGAGGAACAGCGCUCGUGAGUGCCGCCUCAGCAGGCAAUCUCGAAAUGGUAAAAUUACUUGUCGAAUUAGGCGUACCCAUGGAAAACACCUACGAUACGGCAAACGCUACAAUAAUGGCCGUUCGUAAAGGCCACGAAGAACUCGUUCUCUAUUUCAUCAGUAAUGGCGUCGAUAUUGAUGGGAUGGGCGAGCUCCGCUCUACUGAAGAAUGGACACCUCUUGCACUUGCAGCUCACAAAGGGAACGAUCACCUAGUACGAGUCCUUCUCGAUCUUGGUGCUUCCGUUGAAGCAGAAGCUGGACUGCACGUCACUCCUUUGAUAGCUGCCAUAGAUAGCGAUCACUGCAAUCCAAAAGUCCUGGAGAUGCUCCUCGCAGCUGGAUCUGAUGUCAACGAACUUGUCACGCCGGGAAGCAAGGAGAAAGCGGGAUGUGCUCUGAUAGCGGCUGUCAGGCGAGGGAACAUCCCUGCUAUGAGUCUGCUCUUGGAUCAUGGUGCUGAUCCGAAUGCUGUUAAUGGCGACGAGUGCACAGCGCUGAUGGCUGCAGUUCGGUUGCAGAAUGAGGCGAUUAUUGAUAUUCUCAUGGAGAGGGGGGUGGAUGUGAAUCUCUGCUGUGAACCUAAUCUGGAUCUGGAUGCAGACCACGUUACUGUUACUGCGCUCGAGGUGGCAGCUAAGUAUGGCCAUGUAACUUUGAUUCGGAGGCUGGUUGAGGCUGGUACGCAGCUUGAACUCGAGGCUGAGGAUACAGUGUUUAAAACUGCACUUCAAUGUGCUGCUUAUUAUGGACAAUCGGAGUCAGUUGCUACACUUUUGGAUUUGGGGAGUGAUGUUCAUGUUGUUGGUGGGACUUUUGGAACGGCAUUGCAGGCUGCAGCUCUGUCCCAGAGUGAGAAGUGUAUUGAUCUUCUUGUGGAGGCUGGUGCAGACGUCAACCAGCAUCAUGUUGGCCAGUAUGGAACUGCCCUCAUUGCAGCUUGUUGUGGCGACUACUCAAACUCCGAAGCUUACAAGACUAACGGCUUUCACGCUCUCCUUCGGUACGGGGCAGACGUGAACUUGAACGGUGGAGGAGAAGUGCCAUAUCCGAUCAUUGCUAUGGCGUGUCAUGGAGAUGCUGACGGAGUGAGGAUUUUGAUCGAAGCUGGUGCUGAUGUGAAUAAGACAGGUGGGAAAUGGCAUUCUGCACUCCAGGCGUCGUUCUGUGACGAUAGUGACACCGAUAUCGAAAAGCUCGAAAUCCUCCUCAACGCAGGUGCAGAGGUCAACGCUGUAGGUGGCACCUACGGAACCGCUUUAUCAUGCGCCUACCGCUCCGGCUACUACACCGCCAUAUCGCUCCUCUACCGGCACGGCGCCUCCAAUACCAUCUAUGGAGGAAAAUGGGGUUCCGCCUUGGGAUCCGCCAUUUCAGGAGCCUGCCACACCCUCGUUCACCAAAUUGUGCAACGCCACAAAGCAGACGUCAACGUGCCCUGCGGAAAAUGGGGAUCUCCUUUAAGUUUCGCGAUCGUACAGCGUUCGGAUGACGAAGAAGCGCUGAUUGAUUUGUUUCUGGAUAACAAGGCUGAUGUGAACGCUGUUGGGGGCGUGAACUCCACACCAUUGGGAGCGGCGGUUGUAGAGGGCGAGCCGGGGAUGGUGAAGCGGCUGUUGGAUCGAGGUGCGGAUCCAAAUCUCGUGUGGGAGAAAUCUGGACGGAGUCCAUUGUUCCUUGCUUGUCAGACACAGGAUAUGGAUGAUAUCAAUAUGUUGUUAGAAGCGGGCGCAGACGUGCAUCUCGCUACGAAACGCGGCUCGAUAUUGCAGAGUGCUGCUUUAUGGGAUGACGAGGGCUGCGUGGGAGUCAUUGAACGGAUUCUAGAAGCGGGUGCGGAUGUUAAUGCCAAGACUAUUGGUCCGUAUGGGACGGCGUUACAUGCUGCGGCUGUGGUGGGUAAUGUGGCAGCUGCAGCUUGUUUGUUGGAACAUGGUGCGGAUAUAAAUGUCAAGGCUGGGACUUUCGUGUCAGUUUUGCAAGCUGCUGCGUUUAAAGGGCCGAUUGCUCUCAUUCGCUUGCUGCUAAAACAAGGUGCAGAUGUUAAUAUGCUGGGUGGGAGAUAUCGAACUGCCCUUCAGGCUGCUUGUGUUGCUGGGAGGAAGGCGACCGCGAAAUUGCUGCUUGAACAUGGAGCUGAGGUCAAUAUCACUGGAGGCCAGUACGGAACUGCACUCAACGCCGCUUGCAAUUCCGGAAACUUAACAAUAGUCCGCCUCCUGCUUGCUCGAGGUGCAGAUCCUACUAUCCGAGGAGGUUGGUACGGGAGUGCAUUCACAACAGCAAUUCUGUUUCACAGCGACGAUAUCGCUAAAGUUCUAGUGAAAACUCAACGGGAGAAGGUUGGAGGUUUAAAGGAUAUGUUGGAUCUAUGCAAGGAGAAACCAAACUGGAAGUUCGUUUUCGACGGGGCAGAGGAGAUGGUCAAAGAGGUGCUUGAAGACGAGGAAGAGUUGGAGGCGUGGAGUGACAAUGAAAUCUUUGUGCCUGACGAAGCGGAAGAUGAUGAGUGGGAGGAUGAGGAUGAGGAGGCGAGUGAAGGUGAAGAGCGAGAUGAGACGGAGACAGAAAAUGGAGGGAAUGAGAGUGAGGAAUCUGAGAGUGAUGAAGAGAGUCUGGCGCCUUCAAAAGCUGAUUCGGGUGUUGUGGUCGAGGGGUUACAUAAGAAAGCUAGGACGGCAUUGAAGAAAGUUAAGGAAGAUAACGGGCUUGACUUCAGCUGGUUGAAGGUGGAAGAAAUUAUAGAUGAUGAUUAG